UGCACUGUGGGGUGAAAUGUAGAUGUGGAGUGUGAUAUACGGUACAAGUAUGAAAUAAAAUACGCUAUGAGUACUAAUGUGUGGUACAGUUGAGGUUAUAGGUUUACAUACACCUUGUAGAAUCUGCAAAAUGUUAAUAAUUUUAAAUUAUCAGAGAAGUUACUGUUUGUUUUUUAUUUAGUACUGACCUGAAUAAGCGAUUUCACACAGGCUAACAGAUGUUUACACAUAGUCCAAAAGACACAAUAAUAACUGAAUUUAAACAAAUUAAUCAGUUCAACCGUUUACACUGGACUGAUUCGUAAUACUGUGUAUUGGGUCCAUGUAUGUUGCGUUGGUUCGUUUUUUGAUUCAAAAUGGAAAAUCAAAUGACAAAUUAACUAUGUUUAAAACCCAUUUUUGCACAAAAUAUUUUUUAAAUAUGCCUCAUUUAUACUUUCUUGCCGUCUUGUUUUUUGAGGUGGAGUUUUGUGUUUUGUGGCAUGCUCUCAUAACCCGAGUAUAAUUUAAUUAACUGAAAAAUGUGUAGAAUCCAUCUGUGGCUUCACCAAACAUGUUACUUCGCUCUGAGAAUCAGUUUCACCAUUAGUUUAAAUUAUAUUCAAUUAUUAUAUACGACAUAAACGUUUACCAUUAGAGCUGCAUAUUUACACCUGAGAAUGUUGGGACACGUCUGGCAUUUCAAAGAAUACAAAACGAGAUCUUCAGAAGUUCUGCCCUGACCUGUGUUCUUUUUUUUUUUUUUUUUCCUCUCCACUGUGUGUAGUGUUUGUCUUUUCAGACUUUUCUGGUGCAUCACACUUUAUACAUGCGAGAUGGAGGACUGCUAAGCAGAAAGCUGUGCAUGAUGACGGGGGUGAAAAGAAACUGCUCAGCAAGUCAAAGAUAUAGCGGAAAUAAUUGGGAUGCAUGUAAUCAAAUCAUAUUUCACAACGUCUGCAACACAACAGAAGGAAGCAGGACGCGCGUGCCGUGCCGGGGUAUUUCCUUAACUGAGCUUACUGUGACCAAUCAGAUGUCGAGAGCAGGGUAUGUACCAACCCUUCACUUACGGUCUUCAAUGUCUAAACGUGACUUGGUCAGAUUGUUGUGUUUGUUUUAAGUUUUAUCACGCAUCGUGUGUUCUAAUUCUCAAGAUAUGGAUAAAUGAGUAAAUGUAAUUGAACGUAAUACAGUACGCCCCCCCCCAUUCAGCAGAAUAAUGGUAUGAUCCGGCUGGUAUAAGAGGCGCAGCGCACACACGUUGGCGUUGUUCUUAGGCUUUUGUUAGGGAUAAAAGGCGAGGUAGAAAUGUCACAGCGAAGGGAUAGUUUUCUGUCCGCGGUCAGGUUUUAAUGUAAUUCUAUCACUGUAACUGUCUCACAUAUAGGAACUCAUAGGUCACGGAUUAAACCAGUUCAAAAGAGCCAUUAGCGAGUUUAUUAUGAAUGCUCAUCAUGGAACAGUUAUCACUAAAGAAAAGUUAGCUAGCUUAGCUCAGUUGGGUUUUUUUUUUUCCCGCAGUCAACUUCGGCGUUUUUUAUUUUUUAAAGCCAUAAUAGCUGGGUUUUUGUAAAGGGUGUUUGUGUAGCUUGAUAUGAGCUCCUUCACCUCCCUCAGUGUGUAGAUUCAGAAAUGAUUAGCGGAAAUAACAAGACACCUGCACGGAAAAUCAAUAGUUCAGCGCUUUCGACUUCAAACGUUGUCGUUUCUCCCAUGAAGGGUUAGAACAGGGUUAUAAAUCUCGGUCUGAAUACUCCUAGGAGGAAAAAAAAGAAAGAAAGAAAAGAAGUGGACAGCCCCUCGGCUGAUUGGCUUUUGGGGUUAAACUUCAGUGACUUCCCCUUUCGAGACACACUCUAUCUACCAUUUCAGGCUUUUCUAAACCAAAUUCGUGUACAAGUCGAAAGGACGAACACUAAUUUAAGACCUCCGACUCAUAGUCGCUGUAUUAUCUUUACAGCUCCAUUAUACUGUACAAGUGUAUUCGGCUAGCUUAUCCCGCUAGCUGCUGCUGCUCUGAUACACCACAGUGUGUAGUGGUAGCCUCAAAGCUAGCACCGCUAGCUUCGUCUUCUCCUGCGAUUUAAAUUUUUUUUUAUUUUAUUUUAUUUUAUAACUAUGUCGAAUAUUAACAACGACACCGUGAGCUUGAUUAAAGACGUAAAACCGGGAUCUAAAAACCUGCAUAUCGUCUUUAUAGUUUUGGAAAUAGGUCGCGUGACCAAGACAAAGGACGGACACGAAGUGCGCUCGUGUAAAGUAGCGGAUAAGAGCGGCAGUAUCGCCAUCUCCGUCUGGGAUGAACUGGGCAGCCUCAUCCAGCCUGGGGACAUCAUCCGCCUCACACGAGGCUAUGCUUCUAUUUGGAAGGGGUGUCUCACCUUGUACACAGGCCGAGGUGGAGAUCUACAGAAAAUCGGAGAGUUCUGCAUGGUGUACUCAGAAGUUCCAAACUUCAGCGAGCCAAAUCCUGAGUUGCUAGCCCAAGCCAACCAGCAGAACAAAACGGGUAAAGAACAGCGUGGAAACUCCCCACCUAAUCAAAAUGCACCACCCCCUGUCCAAGCAGGAAACGGCACCAUGCAGACAUAUCCUAACAAUAACACAUCCCAGCCAGCCAACUUCCCAGCUCCCGGGAGAGCGAAUGGCCGUGUUCCUGGAAACGGCCCGUCACCGGUCACUGUAGGACAGCCUGCACCGCCGAAACCGUCAGUCACCAUCAGCAAUGGCAGGGACCCUCGCCGCGCUUCCAAGAGAUGAAGCACACUCGAAGCUUGACUGUUUGUUUGUCUUUCAAAAUAACUGCCAAUCAAGACAAAGUCUAAUAUUACAGUGCAAUCAGCUGAGUAUUGGCUUUGUCCUCUUUCACCUAGGCCUGUUAAGAGUUAAACUUUCUGGAGAACAGUUACUUCAGAACUUGAUUUUUCUUCAUCACCACCCUGUUGUCUUCUUUAGUGCAGGUCUUGACACGUGCCCUCAUCAUGUGGUGUUUCAACCAUCCACCCUUACUUGAACACUCAAUGCACUUUCUUCGCUUAAUUUAUAGUGAAUUGCUGUCAAAGGAAUUCAGGAAUGGUUAACUGCUGUUGUAAAUACGCAGACGGAAGCCGCUGGCUGCCUUUUUCUUUGUGUGGAAGGGUGUAUGCCCUUCAGCCAAAAACAUACCAAAAGUGACUGUGCGAAAGAGGUGAUGGUUUGAUUCUGACACUUAGGUUUAUUUAAUUAGAAAUAAAACUAGAAAUUAACCAAUGUUGUCCAAUUAAAACUUGUUUAUUGGUCCUUUCUCUGGUUUUUGCAUUAAAUUAAUGUUGGUUUGGGGGACUGACUACAUCAUGGGAUGAAAUGUCUGUAUGAACUGCUACUUAUGGCAGACUGUCACCUUCAGUCCACAUGAAACAGCCCCCCCAUCAGAAAUGCCACUGGUACAUAAUCGACCCCAUUUUUUUUUUUUUUUUUUUUUU